AACACAGAACAGCCAUGUUGGUCAAGGUUUUAAUGCUUGCAUUGCUAGUGGCACUGAGCCAGGCGAAGCCUCAGCUGCUGGUCACUGCGCCGGUGAGUUAUGCAACUGGAGUGGGCGGGUCCUGGUUAGCCGCUGCCACGCCCUCGGCCUAUUAUCCGGCGUAUGCCAGCUAUCCGGCCUACGCGUCGUAUGCGUAUUCUCCGGUUUAUGGCGCAUACGCCACGUAUCCCUACUACUCCUACCUGAGGCGCUGAAGCAGAGAUAGAUUUUAAGCGGAUUCGUGUGUGCAUCUUGGAUAUCUUAAAUUUACAGAUAUUUUAAAGAAAAAUAGAUUAAUUUUAUUAAAAUGUUCACAUCUAAGGUUGAUGAAAUUGUAUGUAACUUCUAUUAACUUAAAUUAAAAAAUAAAUGUAGAAAUUGAAAAGAUA